GUCCGAGUUGAUUCUUUAACUGCACUCUUAAAACGUCUACCAUUCUGAAGUCCUAAAUGCCUUCCCAUUUCACAACCUCGAUCACUCAUAACAAAACCAAGGACCUUACCAGUGCGUUUGUUGCUGUCGGGAGGUUGUUAACUCAAAUCUUGAUUUCAGUUGAUCAUUGGAGCUCAAAUGAUCAAGCACAAAAUGACAACCUUAAAUCGACUUUUCUUUUUGGUAGACACUGAUUGAAAUGGAUAGCUACCUGUGUUCCUCCGGUCCGGAAACCCCGCUGGAAUCACCACCAAAUGCAGACCCGUCGCAACCAAAGUUCGAAGAAGGGGUAAAAAGAGACUGUCGCUUUCCUGAACCUUUGGCCAGUGUAUCUAAUCCUGUACAAGCAGCACCUGUAGCUUCUCGUAACUUAAAGCUUGAGUGGCCACAAGUAACUCUUCAAACCACGACAACCACUAGUACUACAUCGAGCGAUCCGCGGAGCGCGUUUAGUUCCACUACACAACAAGCCUUUCCUACUUCAUUCUCUGGCAGUGAACUGGAACUCAACCAUGCGUUUCAUUGUGAUUUUCCCGGUUGUAAAAAGCGCUACACGAAGAGCUCGCAUCUUGGGACUCACAAGCGGAUUCAUACCGGGGAGAAGCCCUUCCUGUGUCCGUGGGAAGAUUGUGGGUGGUGUUUCCGCAGAUCGGACGAACUUAAGCGGCACUAUCGACGGCACACUGGAGAAAAACCCUACGUGUGUCCUCUUUGUGGAAGGUCUUUUAGCCGUUCGGAUCACCGAUCUUCUCACAUAAAGAAAAUACAUCCGCUAAUGUAGGACACUGCAAUAAAUUGUACAAAGUGCUCAGUUGUUCAGGUACGCGACGCAUUUCAUAACAUGGAGAAAUAACGACUCACAAUUUGCUUAAUCAAGUAUUGUAUAUCCAAUUUGUAUGUUACAUUGUGAAAUUAUGAUUAUUUAGUUUAUGUAAUGAGAAUGAGCGUCGUUCAGUUGCAUGAAACAGCAUUAUUUAACAAAAUUGUUAAACAAAUAGUAAAUAAUUGUACAUACACUCUUAUCCUAAGCCCAUGUCGCGAAGUUAUUGACAUUAAUUAUUUUAUUAAUAUGCCUGAAGUGAAACUCUUAUUUGCUCGAGGAAACUCUCUCUUUUUAUUCGUGGGACGUCAUUCAAACAUUGGUAUAAGAUUGGAAGACAUUAUAUUGUUUUAUCAUGAUGAUAAUUUAAAUAUAUUCAUGGCCACGAGUCUAUGAGCGGAGCGGUGAUUUUUCAGACAUUGAGAGUACCAACUCACUCCGUGGUAAAAGAAGUAACAUUUUUAACCGCCAGCCGGUCAACGAUGACUUAUUGCUGUAAUUAACCUGUUAUAAGAAAGAUUUCUAUGAGGGAACACGGGGGCUGGCUCCAAAUGUUAUGGUAUUUAGUAAUAAACCAGUAGAAUUGUAAAAUCGUGUUUUUCUGCCUUUAAACAAUCUGAAAAGACUCCGGCCGUAGACAAAGCGUAGACAAACCCAUUCCUUCUUGUCGAGGUGUGGAGCUGUAGAAGUGUUGAAUUGUGAAGAGCUUUGGUCAACACGUCUUUGUAAUUUAACAGACAUAACUCUGAAAUUAUCGCCAUUAAACAAACUGCCAUGUA